AUGAGUUAAUAAGUUGAAUUAGCAUCUGUAUUUGGAUUAAAUUUCUUACUCAUAUUGUUCACUUUUAUUUGCUAUCAUGUGUUAUUUGUGAGAAAAGGAAUUUAUUUUCCAGGACCUGAAGACGGAUCAAUCUUACUAAUAUAAAAUUCAUUCAUAACGAUAAAACAUAAUAUAAGGCUACUUCUUGAAUUUGAUAAGGUUUAUUUUACUAAAUCUUGUGGGUAUAUGAAAUUAUAAGUUCUUUAGGGUGGAUGGAUAUUAGUAUCUCUAUUUCAUCAGAUAACUUAUUAAAUUAUAAAUAGCAUUCUUCUUGAUAGCCAUCAUAUCUGCUAUUUUCCCUCCAAAUAAAACUACUUUUAUUAUUAUAGAUUAAGAUUUUACUCCUUCCUUUUAAUUUUGUAUGACUUUAAUAUAUUGUGGAAUUCUGAUUUUGUUUGUUUAUAACCUUUUAGAGGAAAUUAAUAAUUAAGAGAUACAAUAACAAAGAGAAAUUGAUUUAAUAAGAUAACAUUCAAUAUUUAUAAAAGGAAUUAAGGAUAAUGUGACUUAAGAAGAUAUUAAAAAUUACUUUCAAUCUAUUUUCAAUAAUUUAUCUGCUAGAGUUUUGUCUGUUGUGAUCAUUCCUAAAUAUCCUAUUAAGGAAAUCAAAAAUCAAAAAGAAACUGAAUUAUAUUUACAAAAUAAAGAUUAAUUGCUUUUAAGUUGUUUUUCCCCAAAAUUAAAAGAAAUUCCAAAAGUGGAACCUAAUAGUGGCCAUGCUAUAGUCACUUUUGAUACUAUUUAAGCAGUUAAUCUUAGCAUAUAGCUUUUUAAUUUAGAGUUAUCAGAUUGUUUAAAAUCAAAAGUUUAAAACGAAAUUGAUUAACUAACAAUCAGUAAUACUUAUAUUUUGGCAUAUGAAGCUCCUGAUCCAUUUGAUGUAAUUUACUUAUAUUUAAAUACUACUUUAAAAAAUUUAAUAUUAAGAAGAUUUUUGUUAUAAAUCCUUCUAAUUUUAGUUUUACUAUUUUUUACAACUCCAGCAAGUGUUAUUGAAUUUAUUGGAUUUGAUAAUUCAAUUGAAAAAGAAGAAUAAAAAUAAGAGAAAAUAUCAAUAUUUAGAUAAUAUUUGUCAUUGAUUUUAGUUGUAUUAAUAAAUAGUGCUAUUCUACUGUUAAUUUAAUUGUCAUCUAGAUGGGAAAGACAUAUUAGCAAAUCAUAAUACCAAAUUCGAAUAUUUAAUCGUUGUGUUUUUUAUUUGACAAUGAAUAUGCUGGUGAUUCCAGCAAUUUCAUUUCUGGCAGUUCACAAUAUUUAUUAAAUAGUAAUGUAAGGCGCUACAAAUAUGUUAUCAGCUAUACAAGCUGUUUAUUUUGUAAUAUAUUUUAUUAAUAAUAAAGUUAAAUAAUGGGAAAUUUUUUAUAGGAAUCAUUAUUUAAGCUGGUUGUGUCUCAUUGAUUACAAUUUUAAGAUUAGAUGAAAUAUUCACAAGUUAUUUAAGUGUUAAAUAUGCUUAAAUAAAAAGAUAGCAAUUCAAGAUAUAUCCAUAUCUAUAACCUCUUGGAGAUAUAUUUUCUUAUGGAUAUUAUUAUGGAUUGUAAAUGACAGUACUUUUUAUUGUAAUGACAUUCUCCACAAAUAUUCCAUUUAUUCAUCUAGCUGGUGUAUUCUAUUCUAUGUGUAGAUUUUAUGUUGAUAGUAUAAAUUUAUAAACAGUUUUUGGCUAAGAGGUGUAGUCUAACAAUAACUUAAUUUAAACAACUUUAAUCACUUGCUUUUAUACAAUUUAUCCGAAAUUGCUUCUAAAUUUUGUUAUGUUUGUAUUGUAAUGGAAUACGAAAUAUACUCUCUUAACUAUUGCAUUGUUCAUAAUUUCAUUGAUAAUAAUAAUAUAAAUUAAAGUUAAGCUUGAUCGUUUUAAUACCUCUAAUUUACUUGCUGAUAACAAAAUAAAUCAAUUAGUGAAUUAUAAUAUUUAUUAACAUCCACUUUCAAAGUGA